AUGUUGGCCUUUCAAAGGGUGGUCAAGAUUUGGAAUAGUAAUGAAUAUAGUUGUCGAAACUAUAUUCCUAAUACUUUGGACGACUCCCUAUAUCACAUAUGCUCUACCUUUAACUCGACAAGAGAAAUAUGGGAGUCGUUGGAAACCAAGUACAAGACCGAAGUGGCAUGUUCUAAAAGAUUUAUGGUCGGGAAGUUCCUGAACUUCAAGAUGAGCGAUGCAAAAUCUAUUGUGAAACAAGUGGAAGAACUACAAGUCCUUGUUCAUGAACUCGACACCGAAGGUGUGGGAAUCAAUCCGAACUUUCUUGUUGGUUCGAUAAUUGAAAAGUUGCCUCAUUCGUGGAGAGAUUUCAAACUCUAUUUGAAACAUCUAACUGAGGACAUGUCUUUUGGUCAAUUGGUUCUCAAACUACGAGUUGAGGAUGACAAUAGGAAGAGUGAGAAGACGGAUGGAAGUUCGAUAGACCCAAACGCAAAUUUCGUUGGAGGAAACAGUUCCAAACCAAAAUUUCAGAAGUUCAAGCACAAAGCACGAGAUUACCGUCUCAAGAGGGAUCAUCAUGGGAGCGGAAGAGCCGGAUGCUCAAACCAAGCCAACAUGGAAGAUUCCGAAACAAGGUUUGUAGGUGUCGUUGAAGCGAACUUCAUGAAAAACGAAGUGGAUUGGUGGCUUGACACCGGUGCCACUAGGCACAUAUGCAACUCCAAGGAUUUAUUCUCUUCCUAUGUCAAAAUCAAUGAUGGUGGACCAAUGUUUAUGGGGAAUUCAACAACCGCAAAAGUGCAAGGUAAAGGGAAAGUGAUAUUGAAGCUAACAUCGGGGAAAGUGCUUGAAGUCACCAAUGUGCUACAUGUGUCAGAUAUGAGCAAGAAUCUGAUAUCGGGUCCUAUGUUGAGCAAUAAAGGAUUUAAAAAUUGUAUUCGAGUCGGAUAA